ACAAAAUCCGUAUUGAGCAGAUUGGUGGUUUUGAUUCACCAGUUACUUCCAGUAGUGACAGAUAACGAAAAAUAGGCGCUGGAAGGGAGUGUGGCGGGAGACGCCAGCACCCUUGGUAUGCCAAGGCAAAAUCUACAUGCCUUGCUAGCACAGCCCACACCAACCAACUCAAGCUAAGCUCUGCAAGUCCAACAAGAAGAGAAAUAUGCAGCUGAAUGAUUUCUCAACUCAUACUAGUUUUGAGACGACGAUAUACGCCCUUCAGUUUCAAGGCUAAAUUUUAUUUGUCCCCUCAGAGAGCCAUGUCUACCUCGCCCGAUCCUCACUCUGCUCCAAAGAAACUCCUCAACGACAGGAACUUUGAGGAGGGCGAGAUUCGAUACCACAAGGGUGGGUUCCAUCCAGUACGUCUGGGUGAGAUAUAUAAUUCCAAGUAUAAGGUGCUUCGAAAGCUAGGAUACGGAAGAUACUCAACGGUAUGGCUGGUGAAGAAUCAAGAGUAUGUGCCUAUGUAGCCCCCUCACUCACAACACCGUACUUGCUAACCACAACAAUAGGGCUCAGAAGCUUUGGGCUAUGAAGGUUCUGAGUGCUGAGUGUUAUGGUGCUGGUACAGAUGUUUUUGAGCUAGAAAUUAUGCAACAUCUCACGGAGAAGAAUCCUGAGCAUGAAGGUUAUCCAUAUAUUUCUACCCUCCACGAUUCCUUUCGACACGAGGGACCAAAUGGUUCCCACGUUUGUCUUAUCAUGAAAGUCAUGGGCGAAACACUUUCCACUUUUGCAAAUUGGUUUGACAAUCGUCAAAUUCCCCAUCCAUUGGUCCAUCUCUACUCGUGGCAGCUCUUGGCGGCCUUGGACUAUGCGCACUCAUGUGGUGUUAUUCACACAGGUAUUUCUCCUAGACUAUUUUCAGAUUGCAAUGAUACUGAUAUCCAUACUCGGCAGAUAUCCAACCGAGGAACAUAAUGAUGAAAAUCCCGGAUGAAUCAGUAAUCGAGAGAUAUCUGGAAACAAGCGAGCCGGUCUCAAAUCCCGACACUCAGGAAUCCGCAGCUGGUUCGAAUGUUGUAGCAACCCAGAGCUUGAGGGAUGUUUACUUCCCGGAAAAUUUCAAUCUCAUGAAUGUCCAUGUUGCACUGGGAGACUGGGGUGUAGCGAGCUGGGUGGAUAGACACCUAACGGAACAUAUCCAGCCGGUACUCCUUCGAUCUCCAGAAGUAUUACUUGAGGCACCAUGGGGUCCCGCGGUAGAUAUCUGGAACCUGGGAGCGCUGGUACCGGAGAUGAUAUAUGCUCAGCAGACAUUUUCCGGAGAAUCGCCUGAGGGGAAAUACAGCACACAUCAACAUCUUGAGGAGAUUGCAACUUUACUAGAGCCAUUCCCAAAAAGCCUGCUGGAUAAAGGAAACCGGGAAAUCGUCAAGCCAGUUUUUGACGAAGAUGGAAAUAUCAGUGAAAAGAGGUUGACACGCUCUGUUGGACUGGAGCAAAGAUUCAAGGACAUGCCUGAUAACGAGAGGAACAAGUUUAUUGAGUUUGUACGGGCACUUAUGACCGUCGAUCCAGAGAAACGGGAAUCGGCGAAGGUUCUAAUGGACCAUCCUUGGUUCAAGUAUGACUAUUCUAUUGGAGGGUGAUUGGGGAAGGUGUAGCUGGGAGAAUGAACAAUCGGAGUGGUCUUAAGUGCCUCUCCAUGUCGCCUUUACGGUCGCAUAUUUCACGCUUGUGCACCCUACAACCACCCUCUCUUUAAACUAUUUAAAUGAAUCGCAAAAAUAUGAAUUAAAUCCCAAAGUCUUUGGCAUCUCUUUUAUCAAGGCAGAACUUAUGAG